AUGCCAAAACGAAGUGCGGAAGAAAAAAUCGAGCGUUACGAACGCAAAAUUAGAAAACUACGUGAACGCGAUGUCGCACGACAUCGCCGAAUACGGGUCAUAUCAUCACAACCUUCCAAUAAUGAAGGUGUUGAAGAUGCUGACCACCCUGAACUAAGCCUUAUAGUUAACAAACCUGAGCCCACACUGGAGCCAGAGUCUAGACCAGAGACCAGGGCGGAGAAACCAUUAGAGCCACUGGCUUUAGAGGCAACUUCGAUGGAACAAACCCGAACGGUGCAUCAUCUGAACCAGAAUUGGACCCUGAACUUUUAG